AUGGAACAGAUCUCUGAUGCUGCCACUGGUGAUGUCAAUGAUCCUUCAACUCAGGUACUGGAUAAAAUGGACCCCAACUCUGCAGAAGACUGUGAUGAAGAAAACACAGGAGAUAAGGCUAAACAACGAGUGAAGAAAAAGAAUUACCGAAGAUACCCUAAACCGCCUUAUACCUAUCUUGCUCUCAUAACCAUCGCAAUCCUUAACUCUCCAGAAAAGAGACUGAAGUUAUCCCAGAUUCUCCAUGAAAUCAGUGUCAUGUUUCCAUUUUUCAAAGGACAUUACAAAGGCUGGAAAGAUUCUGUCAGGCACAACUUGUCUCUAAAUGAUUGUUUUAUCAAAGUUUUGAAUGAUCCUAAAAGGCCACAAGGAAAAGGAAACUACUGGACAGUUGAUGUUACCCGCAUUCCACCUGAAGCAUUAAAAAGACAAAACACCUCUGUCUCGAGGCAGGAUGGGAGGAGGUUUGCAGCUAACUCUACUGCGUAUAUCCAAGGUGGGAUUUCAGGUCUUUCACCUUCUGAAGAAAGCAGCAAAUCAGAACAAGUGUCAGAAACUACUUCUGCACCUGCAACUGCAUUCCCACAGCAGGGCAGCAACAGGCUAGAGAAUGCCUUUUCCAUUGAAACAUUGUGGAACAGCUUGGAAGCUUCUGCAUCUGAAAAGGAGAAGAGCUACUCUGGACCCUCUGGACACUGUACACAGAGAAAGUCCUCAAAUGAAGAUCCUACCCAGCAGAGGAGAUUAGAAUUGAACCCCUGGCAUCAUCAUCCAGUAGUGUCUGAGAGUCCUCAGUGCUCCUCCUCAUUCUCUUCCCCACCAAGUGCCAAUCGCAAUGUCCAGUUUCACUCACCCCUAAGCACUUCAACUUCCAGUCCUUCCUCCAUUGAGGAUGACACCAAUAUUUCCCAACGAGAAUCCCCAAGUAGACAAGAGUCAAAACGCCCGAGAUUAUCUGUGGAGUAUGGUACAUCUACUCCUAUUUCCAUCUGGGACAAUAAUUGCUCCAGCUAUCCAGAGCCAGAACUUCCAGUAAGACCCUACAUGCACUGGGAGUUACCAACUUCCUACACUAAAUAUCCCCCUCCAAAUGUAACACUGCCACCCAGCAUGAGUUUGCCAUAUUCUACAUUCUUUCAGUAUAACAACCCAUCAAGUUUGUUGUUCUAUCCAUACAGACCAACACAGUUCAUGGGCAGGCCCAAUUGGCCCUUUCUGCCUGAUCCAUGUCCUCUGCCAUCUUUACGACCAUCAUCUGUACUGGAUUUGGACAGAAUGUUGCAGGUUGUCCCACCAAAUAAAAGUGUCUUUGAUGCCAUGUUCUGUCCUUCUGGUGUCAUUGGCACUGGAGUGCCACCUGCUGCCACCAGUGUAUUGAGGGCUCGAUACAUGCCAUUUGAUUACUGA